CAACAUCACAUGCCACCUGCAUAUGAGAAACAGACAUUCUAUGGCCAUCUGCAACAUAUUUUUGUCAUUCGCAUUCCACAUACUCCAGCUCUCAAAGUUGACGGUCCAACUACCAUUUUCCUCGCUGCAUUGUCAACAUGCAAACUUGAAUCCACUCCAUCAAGCUUGAACACUCUCGUCAUUCACUUUUACAGUAGCCUCAAUGAUACUUUAGAUGUCGUGGACAUUGUCUGCUUGCAAUGUCUCGUUGGGCGUGUGCCAAUGGAUGGAGGUCGGCAGUGGGCAAUCAUUGACUGA